AUGGAAGGAAGCUGGUUCCACAAAGAGAGAUUCCUCUUAUUCCUUGCUCUCGGUCUUCUAAUUCAAGGAAGGGGCAGUACUUUCAUCAUCAACUGCUCAGGGUUCGGCCAGCAUGGAGGGUAUCCCACUGUUCUGGAUUCAGUGUUUGAGCGGAAGGCCUUCCGUCCAGUCACCAACUUCAGCAUCCCCACCCUAGUCAACAUCUCCUUUACUAUGUCUGCCAUCCUAGAUGUGGUCUGGGAUAACCCAUUUAUCAGAUGGAAACCAGAGGAGUGUGAGGGCAUCACGAAGAUCAGUGUGGCAACCAAGAACCUAUGGCUCCCAGACAUUUUCAUCAUUGAGUUCAUGAAUGUGGAUAAGACCCCAAAAGGCCUCACAGCAUAUGUGAGUAAUGAAGGUCGCAUCAGAUAUAAGAAACCCAUGAAGGUGACCAGCAUCUGUAACCUGGACAUCUUCUACUUCCCUUUUGACCAGCAGAACUGCACCCUCACCUUUAGUUCAUUCCUUUACACAGUGGAGAAUAUGUUGCUGGGCAUGGAGAAAGAAGUGUGGGAAAUAGCAGACACAUCCCGGGAUAUCGUUCAAACCCAUGGAGAGUGGGAGCUCCUAGGCAUCAACAAGGCCACCCCAAAGAUGUCUGUGGGCACCAGCCUAUACGAUCAGAUCAUGUUCUACGUGGCCAUCAGGCGCAGGCCCAGACUCUACAUCAUAAACCUUCUGGUGCCCAGUGGCUUUCUGGUUGCCAUCGAUGCCCUCAGCUUCUACCUGCCAGCAGAAAGUGGAAAUCGUGCCCCAUUCAAGAUAACCCUUCUGCUGGGCUACAAUGUCUUCCUGCUCAUGAUGAAUGAGUUACUACCCACCAAUGGCACCCCCCUCAUCAGUGUCUACUUUGCCCUGUGUCUGUCCCUGAUGGUGGUCAGCCUGCUGGAGACCAUUUUCAUCACCUAUUUGCUGCACCUGGCUACCAGCCAGCCCCCACCCAUGCCUCAGUGGCUCCAUUCUCUGAUCCUCUACUGCACCAGCCCAACAAAGUGCUGCCCCACUGCACUCCAGAAGAGAAAUAAAGCCAUGGGCCUCCCCCCUGCCCACCUCCCUGGUGUGAAGGAGCCAGUGGAGUUAGUGGGGAAGAUGCCAGGUCCCAGAGAGACAGAGUUAAAUGGGUGUCCUGGGUCAACAAAGGCCCAGCAGGAAGAUGAGACUCAGAAGCAGCACUUGGUCAACCUGUGGGUGCAGUUCAGCCACAUGAUGGACACCCUGCUCUUCCGCCUCUACCUGCUCUUCAUGACCACCUCCGUGGUCACAGUCAUCGUCCUCUGGAACACCUAGGCAUGAUAUCUAUUUGCUCCUGCAGAUCCCACCCAGAGCUGCUUCUGGCUUCCAGAGACCAGCCAGGUCUUUGCCCUUUGUUGAGUAUCGACUAUCGCAGCCCAAAGAUGACCCAUUCCCUGCUGCAUUCCAUGCAUCUCAAUCCAGCCCCACUGAUCAGUCUCAACCCAACUCUAGACAUUUUCCUCUUGUAUCUGUAUUCUGUUGGCUCCCCUUAGUCCUCUCAUGAAGUUCUACGAUCCCCUUAUGUCUUCUGCAUAGCAGUCCCACCUCCUCUGCUUCCUUACUUGUCCCAAUAAAUCAUUCUUCAGAGACCUCUGGUUCUUUGUCAUGUUUUGAGGUAGAAACUUAACUAUUCAUAACUGAUAGUUUCAAAAUAUCACUUGUGCAUCCCUCUGCCUGUGAUAGCAUUUUGAUCUCACAACGGACGA